GAGAGAAAAUGUUAAGUCGCUCCGCUCGAAACAACGAGGAAUGGCUUCUUCCGCGUCGCCUAGGGCUAGAAAUGGUAACAGGCUGCUUUAAAUCAAGCACGAAAGGGAUGGUUCGUCUCAUCUGGGUGGAUUUGCGGACCUCACCAUCACUCUGGAACAAAGAAUGAGCAAGGAAAAUGCGUCCGAGACGCUGCCACUGCCCAGCGAAGGACUUACAGCUGAACAAAAAACUCGAAUAUCGCAGAAUUUCAGGGCCGCCAAGGCACUUCUCGCUCGCAAGAGGCCCCGCGAUGUCGCAACUAUCCCAUUCCGAACACCUGGAAAGGAGGCGCACAGUUUGUAUCCGAUGGCUCCGGCGUCUAGCAACUCCAGACUUCCUCUUGCAGAGAUACCCGUAAACACCCCUUCCCCAAUUCCGAUAAAGGGAGCCCGAUUAACAAACGACAAGUUCAUUAGAUCAUGCCCUGAAAGGAUAUCCAUCAAGAGCGCUAUUGAACAUGCGCAAUUUGGUACCGGGGUCCAGGAGGUUUCCAAGGAAGAUGGGGUUGUGAUGAUAUCUGUUAUCACCCCGGAUAAGCAACUCGAAAGCUGUAAUUUAAGCGAUGCUUUCUGUUCGACUAGUGUUCUUGAUGAUGAUAUCGACGAGCUUGUCUUGAAGGAGAUUGAUGCAUUAUGCGAGCAGAGGUCAGCGGAAAAAUUACAGAAGCAGCACCUAUGUAACAAUAUUCCCGUGGAAAGUCAGUCCAAUGAGAAUAGAGCGGGUUAUCAAAGCAGUUUAGAGUCUGCUACAAUAGAGAAAGAAAAACAGGAUGCUUGUAGCGAUCAUCUUGUGGGGAGGCAAUCCAAUGAGAACACUUCCAGUGAUGAAACUAAGGGAGUGUUAAGGGUUGAAGCAGAAGCAGAAGCAGAAGCAGAUGGGAUAAAUGCUUCUCCGGACGUCGAGAGUGAGGGCUUGCCGCAAACAUAUUCCGAGUAUUUGCGGGGUCUUAAUGACAAACAACAGGAAGCUGCUCUAAGUGAUGUUUCAGUUCCUUUAAUGAUCAUUGCAGGUCCAGGAAGUGGAAAGACUUCAACUAUGGUUGGGCGAGUGUUGACACUGCUAAAUGAGGGUAUUGGAGCAUCACAUAUUCUCGCCAUGACUUUUACAACGGCAGCUGCAUCUGAGAUGAGGGAUCGGAUUGGAGCAGUGACUGGGAAGUUAGUUGCAAAGGAGCUUAUGAUCAGCACGUUCCAUUCGUUCUGUUUGCAACUUUGUCGUUCACAUGCAGAGAAGUUGGGACGCACAUCCGAGUUCCUAGUAUAUGGCCAUGGGCAACAGAGGCGAGCAAUCAUUGAGGCGGUGCGAUUAUUGGAAAAUGCACGAAAGAAUGAACAAAAUGAACAAAAUCUUGUUUCUUGGGAACUUAAUGAAGAUUCAAGUGGUUUAGAAUAUUGUAAGGGUAGGUCAAAAAAAUGGCAGAAGUUUUUGAUUCAGGCUAAAGCUUCUGGUAGAACUCCUUCAGAGUGCCGAAAACUGGGUGAUGAGAUUGGAGCAGCAAUUCUUGGGAACUACAGUGACAUCUUGAAAUCCUGUAAUGCUUUGGACUACCAUGACUUAAUCAUCUGUUCAGUGGAGCUGCUUACUGAUUUUCCUGAAGUUUACUGUGAGUGCCAAAAUACAUGGAAAGCCCUGGUAAUAGAUGAGUUUCAGGAUACAAGUGCAAUGCAAUAUAAACUCUUGAGGAUUCUUGCAUCUCAUAACUGCAUUACAAUUGUUGGUGAUGAGGAUCAGUCCAUUUUCAGUUUCAAUGGGGCUGAUGUUUCUGGCUUUGAUUCAUUUCGUAAGGAUUUCCCUGGACACAAAGAGAUUCGGUUAACUAAAAACUAUCGCUCCACACAAUAUAUUGUUGAGGCUGCAUCAUCGCUUAUCCGCAAUAAUGUAAAACGGUGCCAACUAAAACAAGUUACUACUGAUAAUUCUUCUGGUUGUAAGGUAAUUGUCAAGGAAUGCCACAAUGAAGAUGCACAGUGUGCAUUUGUCGUUGAUAAAAUCAUGGAAAUUGUCUCUAAUGGUUCAGAUGCUAAGUGUUCCUUCGGGAGUAUAGCAAUUCUUUAUCGGAGGCAGGUCUCUGGGAAAGCAUUCCAAAUAGCCUUCCGCAAUAGGAAAAUACCAUUUAAUGUUCAUGGUGUUGCCUUCUAUAGGAAAAAGGUAAUUAAAUCCAUUAUGGCAAUGCUUAAAACUACAUUGCCUGGUUGUGAUGAUGGCCCGUUUCGUCAGGCAUUCAAAGCUUUAUUGCUCUGUGAGAAAGAAGAAAAGAAGAGGGUAAUUGAAUAUAUUGACAAGAUAUGCACAGUUAGGAAGUGUAGCUUUAUGUCAGCUGCUUGCGACAUAUUUUCUGCAAAGAUCUCUGGUACCUUCAAGAGGAGACAACUUAGCCAUGGACGCAAAGUGCUGCUUACACUAGAAAUGAUAUCCAAACUUGUUCAGAGGGAACAAUCGAUUUCAGUUGUCAUAACAUCAGUGGCGAACUUGUUGCCUCAGAAAUACCUUCUUGAGCAGCGAGCUGUUGUUGAUGUUGAUAGUGGGAAAUUAUUGAAUGAGGAUAAUGACAUAAGAUCUGUCCUUCAGUACCUACUGGAUGAUGUCUCUGAUUUCUUAUCAACACAUUUUAGUAAUACUGACGUGGAAGGAGACUGUGUAUUAGAAAAGAAAGGCUGUAUCAAAGUACUCAAGGCAUUUGUUGACUAUAUAUCUGCCAGGGAGGUAGAAAACUUUCGGGCUAGGAGACGAGAUAAUGAGGAUUCUGUCACAUUGACCACAAUUCAUCAGUCAAAAGGAUUGGAAUGGGACACUGUUUUCAUUGUCAAGGCAAAUGAAUCUGAGAUCCCUUUGUUGCAUGAAUAUAAUGGUGUUGUGAAUGAAAGUGGAACCUCUCUUGAGGAGGAGAGGCGUUUAUUGUAUGUCGCAAUGACUCGUGCAAGAAAGAAACUUUACAUCUUGUAUGUUGUUAUGGAUUCAAAUUGGCAGUUGCUCCGGCCUUCACGAUUUCUAAAAGAAAUUCCAGAUCACCUCUUGGAGGUACAGGGCGAAUUGGUUAGAAAAGAUUUGCAAAAAAUACCUCGGGAGCUUUCAGAAGGAAAAUCUCAAUUUUCUGUUGCUGCAGCAGAACAUGAACAGUUUCUGAAGGCAGAUGUGGGGGAAACUGACACUUCCAAUACUCUAGGUGGUGAAGUUUUUAAUGUUCCACCAGAACUGUUGUUGGGGUCAAAUGGCAAUAACUUUUUAAGAAGAUUCAAUUUGGAGGACCGAUCAAUAAUUUCCCAUUUAUUUCAUCAAUGGGCAAAAAAGCAAGCAUUCCAAAAUCCUAAGCGGUUACUGGACAAGGUUGGCUUUGUAAUUGAUGAACGGCUUAGAAUAAAGACAUGCAAAAACAAGGAUGUUUUACGUGCGCUGAAGUCUUCCUUGAAGUGUGAAGAAGCAUUUCAUUAUGCUGAAUAUGUCUUAAGCUGGGAGCAAAUUCCUGCUGAUAAGCGUGCUCAUUUAAUGAGAGAAAAACAGGAACAUUUCCAGAAACUGAGAAUUGAGAAUGCAAUGGGGUCGUCGGAAGCUACAUCUAAACAGAUAGCUUAUCUUCAGAAUUUAGGGUGCACUAUAGUCCCUACAUCGCGUCUCCAUGCCUCCCAUUUGAUUGAGCAGUACAAGUCCUUGUGAGGGAUUGCUUUGCAUACUAGGAAAUGGUAUGGUUGCCCAUAUUUAUUUUAUUUUUUUAAUAUAUUGAUGGAUGAUGACCAAUGUAAAAAUGUAUCAACUUCUCUGAUCAAAAUUACAUUCUUACUAGGGGGAUGGGGUUCAUUGUCAUCUUUAGUAAAAGUUCAUGUAAAUUUUAAAUGCAUAACGCCACUUCUGUAAAAUAUAUUGAAUUAACAAUUCAUUACUGUAGAGGUGAAGUCCAAUAAAAAAUUGUUAUUGUUAUUGGACUAGAACACGAAAAUGAAGUAAAAUAAAUGGAAUUAAGUAGCGGUUUAGCUUUA